AGUGUUGUAAGUCGCUGCCAUUCCGUUUGAUUUCUGUUUUGCCAUUCGAAAUUGCUUUUCCUUAAUUUUCCACUGCAAAGGAAAAUCUCGUAAAAUGAAGACCACGCCGAAGAAAAAGGAGAUGUCCCUCCGCCUGCGCGAGUCCCGCCGGGAGGAGCAGAAGCCGGAGACGAGCCACCAAGCGCCGGACGACGAUGCCGAGUCGGAUCUGCCCAUUCGGGGUCGUCCCUCGAAGAAGCUGCUGCUGCAGCAGCAACAGCAGCGCCAGUACCAGGUGAAGUUGGAGCCGGAUGUCAAGGCGGUCACGGCGGGCGCCACCGCGAAGCCCUCGACCUCCGCGGCUGCCGUCGUCAUCGGCGGAAGCGGGGGACGCAUCAAGGCCCGCCGGGUGCUGUACAAGAAGACCGCGGGCGUGGGAGCUGCCCAGAAGGCGCCCGGCGAGUCCUAUGUGAUGCGGCUGUUCGAGCGCAGCCUGGACCUCUCCAAGUACCAGGACGGCACUCCCUUGUACCCCAUUUGCCGCGCCUGGAUGGCCAAUCAGCCGAGGAAUCCCGCUGUGGCCGCCUUUCAAACGGAUGGCUCGAUUUCGGCCACCAAACGCGAGGACAACGGCGAGGAGAUCCUCGCCAGACUGAACAGCGGCGAGAUGAAGAUGCUCACCGAGCUGCCGCAGCCCAAGCCCACGGAUAUGCCCAUCAUUCCGCCUCGCCUGGAGUUCGGCCCGGAGGAAAAGAGGCGGGAGAAGGCGCUCGAGGGAGCCAGUGCCUUCGAACUGCUCUCCUCCAAUGUGGCCCGCUGGAAGAAGGUGCGCGGCCACUGGCUGAAGCAUGCCCAGAAGUACGAGCAGGAGCGCUACGAUGUUAUUGACCAGAUCAUGAACGUGGUGUGCAAGAACUGAAGAUGGGAUGAGGGGAAACUGG